GCGCGGGGGGGCGGGGCCGGGGCCGGCCACGUGUGCGCGGGAAGCAGGAAGUGGCGGCGCAGCGGAGCCGGUGGGGCCCAUGGAAGCGGACGGGGGCGGUCGGGGCGCCCUCCUGUGUCAAGCAUGCUUCAAGGGUACAGCCCAGUGUUCCAGGCCUUACUGGGGACCUUAUUCACCUGGGCUCUGACAGCAGCUGGAGCGGCUCUCGUCUUCAUAUUCUCUUCUGGACAGAGGCGGAUCCUAGAUGGAAGUCUCGGCUUUGCUGCAGGGGUCAUGUUAGCAGCUUCCUAUUGGUCUCUGCUGGCCCCAGCAGUGGAGAUGGCCACGACCUCAGGGAACUUCGGUGCCUUUGCCUUCUUCCCCGUGGCUGUUGGCUUCACCCUUGGAGCUGCUUUUGUCUACUCGGUGGACCUCCUGAUGCCUCACCUGGGUGCAGCAGAAGACCCUCAGACGGCCCUGGCACUGAACUUGGACCCUGUGUUGGUGAAGAAGUCGGAUCCUGAGGGCCCUGCGGCUCUCUUCCCUGAGAGCACACUCUCCAUCCGGAUAGGUAGCACUGGGCUCCUUUCAGACAAGAGCGAGAAUGGCGAGGCAUACCAGAGGAAGAAGGUGGCGGCCGGCCUUCCAGAGGGCCCUGCUGCAGCCCUGGUGAACCCUCCGGGCAGCGCGGUGCAGCAGCCCGGCAGCGGCAGCUGGAGGAGAAUCGUUCUGCUCAUCCUGGCCAUCACCAUCCACAACGUACCAGAGGGCCUUGCUGUUGGAGUCGGCUUCGGGGCGGUCGAGAAGACGGCGUCGGCCACCUUUGAGAGUGCCAGGAACUUGGCCAUUGGAAUCGGGAUCCAGAACUUCCCGGAGGGUCUGGCUGUCAGCCUCCCCCUGCGUGGAGCCGGGUUCUCCACCUGGCGAGCCUUCUGGUACGGGCAGCUGAGCGGCAUGGUGGAGCCCCUGGCUGGGCUCUUCGGCGCACUGGCUGUGGUGUUGGCUGAGCCCAUCCUGCCCUACGCGCUGGCAUUUGCUGCAGGCGCCAUGGUCUACGUGGUCAUGGACGACAUCAUUCCUGAAGCCCAGAUCAGCGGUAACGGGAAGCUGGCGUCCUGGGCCUCCAUCCUGGGCUUCGUGGUGAUGAUGUCACUGGACGUGGGCCUGGGCUAGCGCCGCCACGUCACACACACCCAGGGCGGAGAGCACCAGGACUCUGCAGGACCACGGCCUUCUUCUUCUUCCCAGGAAAGCUUUGUUUCCCCGCUCCUCCUCAUCAUCUGGAUCAGCUCUGAUUGUUCAAUGACCAUUUUCACUUUGCUCUUGGAGAGAGAUGCUGCUUGCUUUUCUUUUCUUUUUUGAACCACCUGGUGUCAUGGACUACAGGUUUUUGUUCUGACCCCUGAAUGGAAUCUUUCUUCACUGGAAUCAUUGGGGGGCAAAUAGAUCGAGGGACCCUUGGCCUUCUUCCCCACCUCUAGCCCCCCUCUCUAGACUUAGCAGUGACCCCCAAAGGCUGCCCCCCGAAGCAAGCGCCUAGGACAUGUUCUAAGCAUCCUGGCCUCGUUUGAAAGCAGGUGGCCAUCGCUCCUGCUCUUUCACUGCAGCUCCUCUGUCCCUCCGGGCCCCAGGACCGGAGCAUCAUGAACACAUUGACCUGCUUCCCAAGGCUGAGCCAGCCCAGAGAGGAACAGCCCUUCCUCCGCCUCCCAGGACACGGGAGGGGGCCCCACACAAAGCGAAGCAGGUCGGCUCCUCUAGCCUCUUCUUUUUUUUUUUAAGGCAAAGAUUGGCAUUAUUGAAGAUAGGAGGACUUGGGGAUUUGAACAACUGUGAGCACACAGUCAACCCUGAGCCAAAGGGAUCCAGUGUGGCUCUACCCAGGGGCCUCUGCUCUCGGUGGAUUCCAGAGGGGUUUGUCACGGUUUCCAAAUCUCCUUGACAGUGAUCUUGGUGAUUUUUAUGGCCUCUGCUUGUCUGAGAGAGUUGGAGUUGCCAGCAAUUGCUAGGACUCGCCCCCUUCUGCUGAUUAUAGGAGCCAUUUAAGUCAACUCAGGGGAGAGAAAGACACUUGGAUCUGUAACCGGUCCUUGGUGACUUAGAACCCAGUGGAGAACUCGGGAGCUACAGCAAGGCCUCGGAGUCUGGCAGGAGGGCUUACGAUGGAUAAGAGAGAUUUUUUUACUUUCCUUUUACCAAGCUAACAUUCUGAAAUGACCUUAGGAAAUGGCCGUAGAAGCCACCUGCCCUCUGUCACACACCCGUCAUUCACACUGCUUCUCCAACACGGGAUGGGAUGAGAGGUCAUGUGCACUUCGUCAAAGCUGGGACCUUGAGCGGGCUCCAUGGAGAAGGCCAGCCGCCCAAGAGCCAGGCCUUGGGAAUCGUGCCAUCUGCGUGGCUCUCUUGGGUUUUCAUGUCCGCGUGCUCCCAGGGCUCAGCCCGCUACUCUGCGAGUGCUCCGCGACCCCAGAGGCAGCCGCUGGGCUGUGCCCGCGUCUGUUCUCCCCAAAGCACCAACGAUCAGAACCGCAGACACACUCGGAGGUUUGAUUGCUGAGACUGGCGGGUGUGGUGGUUGGUUGAUGUGGGUGUCUUGUGUCUUUGGAAAUAGUUCUACGUGAUGCAAAUUUGUUCUUUCUGCCGGAUAAGACCUCGUAACUGUGAUUAAUACCAAUAAAGGGAAUAUUGUGGAA